AUGGAUGACUUAUUUGACGCUUUCGAGGAUAAACCACAGACGGCUGCUCCUAGCAGACCCAAAAAGGCAAAGAAAGACAAGAAAGAUCGCAGCAAGAAAAGAAAUGCGAAUGGUGAUGUGAAGCCAAUUUCUGAUGCGCAGGAUGGCGAUUCCGAGAUGGUUGAUGCUGAGGAACCUGUGGUAGAAGCAGAUGCAGAGGAAGAGGAUAUUGAAGAAGUGGACGAGAUUAGUGAAGCGAAGGACGCAAAACGACGCAGAAAGGAAACAGAAUCCGAACCAGUGGUUACGGAUACCUUCGAGACAGCACAAUCGCGAGAAUUGGCUGCUUCUGCAGGAUUACAGGGCGCCCCAGAAGAAAAGGCAUUGGUACUACAGCACAACAUUCAACAUCAAGUUUCUUUACCUCCAGAUUACGAUUACAUUCCGAUAUCACAGCACAAGGCCCCCGCUGAACCUGCUAGAACUUGGCCUUUCGAAUUGGAUCCUUUCCAAAAGGUUGCCAUUGCAUCAAUUCAGAGAAAUGAGAGUGUGCUGGUAUCGGCGCAUACCAGUGCGGGAAAAACUGUUACAGCAGAAUAUGCGAUCGCGCAAUGCCUCAAGAAUAAUCAGAGAGUCAUUUACACAAGUCCCAUUAAAGCUUUGAGUAAUCAGAAAUAUCGAGAAUUUACUGCGGAUUUUGGAGAUGUUGGUUUAAUGACUGGUGAUGUUACAAUCAACCCAACCGCGACCUGUCUGGUUAUGACAACAGAAAUUCUACGAUCUAUGUUAUACCGAGGAUCUGAGAUUAUGAGAGAAGUUGCCUGGGUUGUCUUUGAUGAAAUUCAUUACAUGAGAGACAAAGCCAGAGGUGUGGUUUGGGAAGAGACUAUCAUCUUAUUACCGGAUAAGGUCAGAUAUGUCUUCUUGUCUGCAACUAUUCCGAAUGCUAUGCAAUUUGCUGAAUGGAUCACAAAAACUCAUAAUCAACCAUGUCACAUUGUUUACACGGAUUUCCGACCUACCCCCUUACAGCACUAUUUCUUCCCAGCUGGUGCAGAUGGUAUACAUUUGAUUGUUGAUGAGAAGGGAAACUUCAGAGAAGAUAACUUUUCAAAGGCCAUGGCAACAAUUGAGGAGAAAAAAGGGUCUGAUCCAGCAGAUAUCAACGCAAAGCAAAAGGGGCGUGGUAAAGAUAAGAAGACCAACAAGGGUGCCAAUAAAGAGGGAUCGGAUAUUUAUAAGAUUGUUCGAAUGAUCAUGUUGAAGCACUACAAUCCUGUUAUUGUUUUCAGUUUCAGUAAGAGAGAGUGCGAGGCAUAUGCAUUGCAAAUGAGCUCCAUGGCUUUUAACGACCAAUCGGAAAAGGACAUGGUUUCGAAAGUCUUCGAGAGUGCAAUUGAGUCUUUAUCAGAAGAAGAUAGGACACUACCACAAAUCCAGCACAUCUUGCCAUUGUUGAGACGUGGUAUUGGUGUGCAUCAUUCUGGACUUCUUCCUAUCCUCAAGGAAACUAUCGAAAUUUUGUUCCAGGAGAAUUUGAUCAAGGUUCUUUUUGCUACAGAGACUUUCUCUAUUGGUUUGAAUAUGCCUGCCAAGACUGUCGUCUUCACUAGCGUUGAGAAGUUUGAUGGUGAGAAGAUGCGAUAUUUGACACCAUCUGAAUUCGUACAAAUGUCUGGUCGUGCUGGUCGUCGUGGUCUUGAUGAUAGAGGUAUUGUUAUCAUGAUGAUAAAUGACAAGAUGGAGCCAGAGAGUGCUAAGACAAUUGUACGAGGAGAGCAGGACAAGCUCAAUUCAGCUUUCUACCUCGGUUAUAACAUGAUUCUUAACUUGAUGCGUUUGGAGGGAAUUUCACCGGAAUUUAUGCUAGAACAUUGUUUUUACCAGUUCCAGAACACUUCAAGUGUCACUGGUCUUGAAAAGGAACUUCAAGAUUUGCAAGUUGCAAGAGAUGAUGUUCAAAUUCCAGAUGAAGCAACCAUUAAAGAUUACUACGAUCUUCGACAACAGCUUACUACAUACACCAAGGAUAUGCGCGAUGUCAUCAACCACCCUAACUAUUGUCUGCAGUUCAUGCAACCAGGACGAGUUGUUCAUAUCAAAUACCAAAAUCAUGAUUUUGGUUGGGGAGCAGUUGUCAAAUUUACACCACGACGACCUGCCAAGGGAUCUUCGGUAGAAUACGCCCCACAACAAUCAUACAUCCUCGAUGUGCUUUUGUUAGUUUCUUCAGACAGUAUCGUUGGCACACAAACACAAAAUGACUUGCCAUUGGGUAUUACACCACCGGGUGAGGGCGAUAAGGGCAAGAUGGAAGUUGUUCCAGUACUUCUGUCAUGCGUUGAAGCUAUUGGACAUGUUCGUAUCUUUCUUCCAAAGGACCUUCAUCCAGCCAAUGAACGAAAUCAAAUUCGUAAAUCUCUCGACGAAGUCAAACGCCGUUUCCCAGAUGGUAUCGCGGUCCUCGAUCCUAUCGAAAACAUGGGUAUCACAGAUGAUUCAUUCAAGAGACUUCUUCGCAAAAUUGAAGUUCUUGAAUCCCGUCUACUCUCAAACCCCCUCCACAAUUCUCCCCGUCUCCCAGAUCUCUACAACCAAUAUGCCGGUAAACUAGACAUCACCAAACAAAUUAAAGAAAAACGCAAGGCUAUCACCGCCGCUUUAAGUAUCAUGCAACUCGAUGAACUUAAAUCCCGCAAACGUGUCCUUCGUCGGCUAGGUUUCAUAAAUGAACAAGAAGUAGUCGAGCUCAAGGCCCGUGUCGCGUGUGAAAUCUCAUCUACCGGUGAUGGUCACGAACUUCUUCUCUCCGAACUUCUAUUCAAUGGUUAUUUCAAUGAUUUAACUCCUGAAAUGUGCGCAGCUGUCCUUUCAGUUUUCAUUUUCGAAGAAAAGAGUCAAUGUCCUCCACUGAAAGAGGAAUUGGCAGCCAAAUAUCGAGAAAUUCAAGCUCAAGCUAGGAUCAUCGCCAAAGUUACUGCGGAGAGUAAAUUGAAGAUGAAUGAGGAAGAAUAUGUGACUAGUUUUAAAUGGCAACUUAUGGAAGUUGUUUAUGUCUGGGCACAGGGGAAGAGUUUUGCGGAGAUUUGUAAAAUGACAGAUGUCUACGAAGGAUCCCUCAUCCGUCUCUUCCGUCGUCUUGAAGAACUUCUCAGACAAAUGGCCCAAGCAGGAAAGGUCAUGGGCUCAGAUGAGGUAUCAAAUAAAUUCGACGAAUCGCUUAAGAAAAUCAGGAGAGAUAUCGUUGCGGCGCAGAGUUUGUAUUUGUAA